CCUCGUUAAUCAGAGGUAAAUUCAGUAUUUAAACUUGACGUAUUUAGAGGUUUUGAAUUGUUUGAAAUAUUGAGUUCAAGACUUGAUAUUUAUACUACAUUUUUUCGAACUUUUCAUGUAUACAUCUAUGAUAUAUGUUGAAGAAAUGAUGGAUUUAAUUGAACCUGACUCUCAACAUCAGUAGUGGCGGGAUCAGGAUUUUCACUGAUGAGAUUCAAAAUAUAAAGACGUAGGCACACGAAGAUGCCAAGGAAUUCAACAUCUACUAUAUAUACGUUAACAAAUAACGUUGAUCUUGUACAUUACAAAUUUCCCCUUGUGUCGAGAAGUGGACGAAUUCGGAGGCUUGUAGCUGAGCACAGAGAUUCUGAUAUAUCAAGAAUUGAGCUUGUUAGUCUACCAGGUGGAUCUGAAUCAUUUGAGUUAGCAGCCAAAUUCUGUUAUGGUGUCAACUUUGAGAUCACAUCAUCAAAUGUUGCUCAACUCUGUUGUGUAUCCGAUUACCUCGAGAUGUCAGAGGAUCACUCGAAAAACAAUCUUGGUUCUCGAGCUGAAGAGUAUCUCGACAGCAUUGUCUGCAAGAAUCUUGAAAUGUGUGUUGAAGUCUUGAGACAAUCCGAAAACUUACUCCCCCUUGCUGAUGAGUUGAAAAUCGUUACCAGAUGUAUCGAUGCUGUAGCCUCAAAAGCUUGUGUUGAGCAGAUCGCUUCAAGUUUCUCGCGUUUGGAGUAUAGUAGCUCAGGGAGGUUGCAUAUGAGUAAACAAGCCAAUUGUGAAGGGGAUUGGUGGAUUGAGGAUCUUUCUGUUCUUCGUAUCGACUUGUACCAACGUGUCAUAACUGCAAUGAAAUUCCGCGGUGUUAGACCUGAAAGCAUUGCAGCAUCAUUAGUAAGCUAUGCACAGAAGGAGUUAAUACAAAAGUCUAUUUCUGGUUCAAAAGAAAAACUCGUGGUUGAGACGAUUGUUAGCCUGAUGCCUGUUGAGAAAUUCGUCGUUCCUUUGAGCUUUCUGUUUGGAUUGUUGCGAAGUGCUGUGAUGCUAGACUGCAAUGCUGCUUCUAGACUUGAUCUCGAGAGACGGAUAGGAUCUCAGCUGGAUAUCGCAACUCUAGAUGACAUACUAAUUCCUUCGUUUCGUCAUGCUGGUGAUACUAUGUUUGAUGUUGACACAGUGCAUAGGAUCUUGGUUAAUUUUUCACAACAGGAAGGCGAUAGCGAUGAUGAGAUGGAAGAUGUAUCGGUUUUUGAAUCCGAUAGCCCUACUGCUACACCAUCACAAACUGCAUUGUUCAAAGUAUCAAAACUGGUUGACAACUACCUAGCUGAAAUUGCACCAGAUGCAAAUCUGAAGCUGAACAAGUUCAUUGCUAUUGCAGAAACAUUACCAGCACACGCGCGAACUGUACACGAUGGCCUUUAUCGAGCCAUAGACGUUUACCUCAAAGCUCAUCUAACUUUAUCAGAUCCAGAUAAGAGGAGACUAUGUAAAUCAAUCGAUUUCCAAAAACUCUCACAAGACGCUGGUGCACACGCUGCACAAAAUGAACGUCUUCCCUUACAAUCAAUCGUUCAAGUUCUCUAUUUCGAGCAAUUAAGGCUAAGAAACGCCUUGUUUUGCUCGUAUCCUGAUGAUGACAUUAAGCCAAUGCAUCAAUCUUGGAGGAUAAACAGUGGUGCUCUUAGUGCAGCAAUGUCUCCUAAGGACAAUUAUGCUUCGUUGAGACGAGAAAACAGAGAGCUUAAACUUGAGCUAGCGCGAAUGAGGAUGAGAUUGAAUGACUUGGAGAAAGAUCAUGUUUGUAUGAAGAGAGAUAUGCAGAAAUCCAGCUCGCGAAGAUUCAUGAAAUCUUUCUCCAAAAGGAUUGGGAAGAAGUUCAACAUUUUCGGACAUAGUUCCUCGAGGGAGUCUACUAAUUCUCCCUCGAGGCACUCGGAAAGAACUGAUUCUAAGAUAACUGAUAGAACAUGACUAUCCAUUAUCCAGGUACAUCUAGUUACACGAAAUUUUGUAUAGAUAAGGCUACAGAUGUGUGAAAGGCGCGUUGAAGGAUGUGAUCUUGUUAGAUGUAUACACUUAAAACUUUCAUUUUUGCAUAUGUAUAAGCAAUGGAUUCAGUUGAACCCACACAACCCGCCCUAGAUCCAUCUCUAGACUGAAAGGGCGGGCUAAGGUCACAACUUACAAGUUUGUAGUCUCAUUAUGAACUUCCCAAGAGGUCGAUCGUUCUAUGUUCCAGGGUUGGGUUGGAUAGGACCAGAUCCAAAUGUAGAUUAGUUAUUGCUUCAAGUUCAGAUGUUGUAAUAGGCUUAAGUUUUCUCCUAGUUUCACCGGUGAAGUGAACGGGGAUUCAAGUUUUUCAUUUCACUCAAUAUAAAAGUAGGUCAUAUCUUUAAACCA